CCGGGCGGCGAUGGCGGCGGGACGCGGCGGGGGCCGGCACGGAGUGAUGGUCGCGCUUCUCUUGCUCGCUGCGCUGACGCCGGCGAGCGCCGCCUCAGCUGCCGCUCUGCCUUUAGUCAUCAACACCUGGGCGUUUAGGACGGCCGCAGAGACAGCUUGGAAAGUACUAGAGUCGGGAGGUUCAGAGCUGGAUGCAGUUGAGAGAGGCUGCAGUCAGUGUGAGAUCGAUCAGUGCGAUGGAAGCGUGGGAUAUGGAGGAAGCCCAGAUGAAAGUGGAGAAACAACUCUGGAUGCAAUGAUUAUGGAUGGCAACACUAUGGAAGUUGGGGCUGUUGCGGAUCUCAGGCGUGUGAAAAAUGCAAUUGGUGUAGCACGAAAGGUCAUUGAAUACACUAAGCAUACAUUACUAGUGGGAGAGUCAGCCUCCCUGUUUGCUGUAAGAAUGGGGUUUCCUUAUGAAGAUUUAACUACCCAGAAAUCCCUUUCGCUGUAUUCAGAGUGGCUUAAUCAAAGCUGUCAGCCAAACUACUGGAAGAAUGUGGUGCCAGACUCUUCAAAAUCCUGUGGACCAUAUAAACGGCGUGAAGAAGUAACUUACAAAGAAGAACACACCAGCUCACAAAGAAGUAUUCAUAACCAUGAUACUAUUGGUAUGGUUGUAAUUGGUGAGAGUGGAACCGUUGCUUCUGGGACAUCUACUAAUGGUGCAAUACACAAACUUCCAGGCCGUGUGGGAGAUUCUCCGAUAGCUGGAGCGGGAUCCUACGCAGAUAGUACAGCCGGAGGAGCUGCAGCCACUGGGGAUGGUGACAUCAUGAUGCGCUUCUUACCCAGUUAUCAAGCUGUGGAAUAUAUGAGGAUGGGAACAGACCCAACAGUAGCCUGUCAAAAAGUUAUUUCCAGAAUCCAGAAGUAUGCUCCUAAGUUCUUUGGUGCUAUCAUUUGUGCCAAUACAACUGGAAGUUAUGGUGCUGCAUGUAAUAAAAUUCCAGGAUUCACUAAGUUUCACUUCAUGGUUUCAAGCCCUUUGCUAAGUCGACCAACUGAGCAAGUAGUAGACUGCAUUUAAUUUCUUUUGUCCUAUUAGCAGCUCAACUUAGAAGAGGACGGUGCUAAGUUCCCCCAGUUAUUACUUCUUAAAAAUGGUUGUUUCUAGCAUUUAAUGGCUGUUAUGGUCUGCUUGUUUUCCUAAGAAGUGAGUAGCUACAAGUGAUGAAUAGUAACCAUUGAACAGGCCCUUUGGCUUGCCAUUUAAAAAUAUAUUUGUCAUACAUCUGGAAUAAGAGGCUGGAAGUGGAACUUUGACUCUACAUAUAAUUGUAGAGUCAUAGUUCCAUAAAACUUAUGUUGAAAAUGUUUAAUUGUCUAAGAUUUAGUCCAGGUUUUCUUUUUUCUUGAAAAUUGCAUGAAAAUGCUGGCAUGCAAGGAAAGGGGCAUGAGGAGUAGUGGAGACUAUUUCAAAGGUUUAAUGAAGAGAUAAGAAGUCCUUAUGGACCAUUCUAACUUGUUCUACAACAGCUGGGAAUACAUUUGAAUAGAAAUUACAUGCAAGCAUCCCUGGUAGUACAAACCUUCAAAAAAUUUUGGUUGACUGACUGGAUGUGAAGACAAUUGGAAAUCAUCCUGACGCCUGUUUUUUAUAGUGAAAGUUAAGUUAUGAACCAUAACCACGGUGAUUUCCUUGUCAGUAAAAGGCUGUGCACUCACCCUGCCCUACAGCACAUUAACCUCUGCAGAGGAGCAGUUGAAUGCCUAGAGUGUGACAGUUAUCUACAGCUUUGGGUUUUGUCACUUUCUGUGUCUAGAGACACCAGGAUUCAUUUGUAAUGGAACUUUAGCAUCAUGAGGAUUAUUCCACGGGUAUUUGAAGAUCUGUUUGAUCAUUCUCUUAAAUUAUUGGCUUGCUGAUCUGAUGGAAUCUUUGCUAAACUUGAGCUAGGAAAUGGCAGAAGGGGAAGUGAGUAAAAAGAGUGUGUCUUGUCACUUUAAUUAUUCUCUGUCUAUUUAAAUAAAAUAAAAUCAUUGGGUAAUAAAAUCAUUGGGUAAUAAAAGCACACAUUAAUGUAUUAGUAAA